AAACAAGUCCGAUCAUGAAACCAGAGUGUACAAACUAUAAACACAGCUUCUUCGGCCCCCACUUCCGAUCUACAUUCAUCUCCUAGGGUUUCUAGUUUCCAUUCAAUUUCAACUUCUUCAACCGUAUGCAACUGAAUAUACAUCAAAAUCCAUCUGAUCAAUCUAUCAAUCUCGAUCAAGAUCCAUCAAUGCUGAUCAAAUCCUGAAAAUCAUGGAUCCAAAGCCUCCCCUCCGAUCAACAAACUCCACUGCAAACCGCCACAAUUCAUCCACUUCAUCGUUGUUAUCCAAAUCACUCUCAGAUGCAAGCACUCAAAGCUUAUCUUCAAUCCUCAACAAUCCACAUCUCUCCGAUGGAUCCUGGUCCGGCUGGUGGUCAUCAUCAACUGCCGCCGUACAAAUUCCUGAAUUCGCUCCUCCUGUUAACAAAACCCUAGGGUUUGAAAUCACCAGAUCUGAUUUCACACGGUAUGUAUCUUCAAUUUCCGAUCAUUAUAACCGUUUCGAAGAUAUUAGGAACCAUUCGAACAAGGAGAACAGGGAUGAGGAUGCGAUUAAUAGUCAUGAGAGGGCAGGGGAAGCUCUGGUGGCGUGUUUGCGAGAAGUUCCGGCCUUGUAUUUUAAGGAGGAUUUUGCGCUUGAAGAUGGAGCGACUUUUAGGGCUGCAUCCACGUUUUCUACCGUUGCGGAGAAUGCAGUGUUGCAGGAGAAGUUGUCGCAGUAUUUGGAUGUGGUGGAGGUGCAUUUGGUUAAGGAGAUUUCAUUGCGGUCGAAUUCGUUUUUCGAGGCGCAGAGUCAGUUGGAGGAUUUGAGUUUGAAGAUUGUGGAAGGGUGUGGUAGGAUCCGGGAGUUGAAGGAGACGAUUCGGCUUUUGGAUGUGGAUUUGGUGGAUUCGGCUCGGCAAGUUCAGGAUCUGAAUCUUACUAGGAGUAAUUUGCUGGCAUUGCAGGAGAAGCUUAGGCUUAUAUUAUAUGUUAACCAGUCUCUUGCUGCUCUUAAGUUGCUUGUCGCAUCUGCUGAUUGUGCUGGAGCCUUAGACGUCACUGAUGAUUUGAAGAAUUUUCUGGAUGCCGAUCAACUGACUGGGCUACAUUGUUUUCGUCACCUCGAGGAUCACGUAGCUGCUGCCAUAGAUUCUGUAAAUAGCAUUCUUUCAGCAGAGUUUUUGCGUGUGUCUAUUAAUGAUGCUGGAGAUAAAGAUGCGGAAAUAUUAUCUAAAGCAAAAGCAAGGAUAGCGUCACCAGGAAAUGGAGAAGAUAAUGAAGUAUACUUGCAACAAGAAGAAGAUACCUCUAGUUUCCAUGACCGACUUUUACCUCUAAUUAUAGGCUUACUUAGAACUGCAAAACUUCCAACUGUGCUGAGAGUAUAUCGUGAUACAGUUACAUCUAAUAUGAAAACUGUUAUCAAGUCAGUUGUUGCAGAGCUGCUUCCAGUUCUUCUUGCCAGACCUUUGGACUCUGAUUUUAAGCCAGGCGAUCGAAUUGUUGAUGCAGAUGGUGGAGGUUCAUCACUCGCAAGUAAGUUAAGAAGCAUGUCUUCUGAAAGCUUUGUUCAACUUCUUGGGACUAUUUUCAAGAUUGUACAGGCACACUUACAUCGAGCUGCUGAAGUUAAAAAAGCCAUUGAGUGGAUAAUGUCGAAUCUUGACGGUCACUAUGCUGCUGAUUCAGUUGCUGCUGCAAUUGCUCACGGUGCUUUGACUGCAGAAAUGGAUUCAGUGGCUGAUACCCAAUCCGGAUCAUUUCCUAUUUCAUCUCAGAAAAACGUUAUCAAGGUUUCUCCUGCCACUACUACAUCAAAUCUGUCAAAAAAUUUCAGAGCUGAUGUAUUGAGAGAAAACACAGAAGCAGUGUUUGCUGCGUGUGAUGCAGCGCAUGGAAGAUGGGCAAAGCUGCUUGGUGUUCGUGCUAUUCUCCAUCCAAGGCUGAGGCUAACUGAUUUUUUAAACAUAUAUAACGUGUCGCAGGAAUUUGUAACAGCUACAGAGAAGAUUGGUGGAAGGUUGGGAUAUAGCAUUCGUGGAACAUUACAGUCUCAAACCAAAGCUUUUGUUGAUUUCCAGCAUGAAUCUAGGAUGACAAAACUGAAAGCAGUGCUUGAUCAAGAAACAUGGGUUGAAGUUGAUGUUCCUGUUGAAUUCCAGGCGAUUGUAGAUUCACUUUUUAGCUUAGAGGAUGACAAUUCUAAAAGCAUUGCUAAUAGCUAUAACGAAAUGGUUGCCAGCAGUGAAGAACAGCCAUCUCAGUCUGUUGAUGGAAUCACAGAGAACAACAGUAAAACAAAGGAUGCACAUGGAAAAUCUUCUAUUCAUUUAAUUUCCUUUAGAGGUGUUGACUACCACAUGGUAAACUGUGGCUUAAUCUUGCUGAAGAUGUUAUCAGAGUACAUUGAAAUGAAUACUGUUUUGCCAUCACUUUCUUCUGAGGUUAUUCACCGUGUGCUUGAAAUGCUGAAAUUUUUCAACACAAGGGCUUGUCAGCUUGUCCUUGGUGCUGGUGCCAUGCAGGUCUCUGGUUUAAAGUCCAUUACAUCCAAACAUUUGGCCCUGACAAGUCAGGUUGUCAGCUUUGUGCAUGCUAUUAUCCCUGAAAUCAGGAGGAUUCUUUUCCUGAAGGUACCGGAGGCGCGAAAAGGAUUGCUGUCAUCAGAAAUCGAACGAGUAUCACAGGAUUAUAAAGUGCAUCGAGAUGAAAUACAUACAAAACUGGUGCAAAUAAUGAGGGAAAGGUUGUUGGUUCAUCUUCGUGGAUUGCCACAAAUUAUUGAAACAUGGAGCCGAGUAGAUGAAACAGAUGUACAACCUAGUCAGUUUGCUAGAUCACUCACGAAGGAAGUUGGAUAUCUUCAACGUGUGCUUUCUCGGACUUUGCAUGAGGCAGAUGUUCAAGAAAUAUUCAAAGAAGUGACCAUCAUCUUUGACAUACAAAUCUCUGACGCAUUUUCACAUGUGGAUAUUAGCAUUCCACAAGCCAAAGCCAGGCUUAAUCGUGAUAUUGAGCAUAUUCUUGGAUGCAUUAAAUCGCUGCCUUCUGCCAAGUUAAACGAGCCUGGGACUCCCGUUGCUCCACGACUUGAGUCCUUAGUCCAAAGAAUAUCUGCUGAACCGGAUCAAUAGCGUAUUCGAUAGCUUAUUUCAGUACACAUUCACAAAGACCGAGUGAACAUAUAAGAGAACCACCAUUACUAUGCAAAUGAUUUUAGGUGGUUGAUCUUGCAAUUUUCAAUACAAAUUUUGUGAGGAGACAGAUUACUACGGGAUGUAAAAUUUAAUGGUAUAGAUGUAACAGUUUGAUUUUUUCUGGUGUUUUUGUUUUCUCAAGAGGCCAGCCCAGCCCAGGUAGUGAUUUUGCAUUGGCUACAAUCUUUUGUAUGGAUUUCAAAGCUUCCAAUACAUUUCAGUUUUCAAA